AUGCUGGCCCUCCACAUCGCAACCUCGCCCUCCACAUCCCACCCUGGCCCUCCCAUCCCACCCUGGCCCUCCACAUCCCAUGCUAGCCCUCCACAUCGCAACGACCUCCACAUCCCACCCUGGCCUCCACAUCCCACUGUCACCUCCACAUCCCACCCUGGCCAUCCACAUCCCAUGCUGGCCUCCACAUCGCAACCUUGCCCUCCACAUCCUACCCUGGCCCUCCACAUCCCAUGCUGGCCCUCCACAUCCCACCCUGGCCCUCCACAUCCCACCCUGGCCCUCCACAUCCCACCCUGGCCCUCCACAUCCUACUGUCACCCUCCACAUCCCACCCUGGCCCUCCACAUCCCAUGCUGGCCCCCUCCACACGCAACCUCGCCCUCCACACCCCACGUCGCCCUCCACAUCCCACCCUGGCCCUCCACAUCCCACUGUAGCCCUCCUCAUCCCACCCUGGCCUCCACACCCCACCGUAGCCCUCCACAUCGCAACCUCGCCCUCCACAUCCCACCCUGGCCUCCACAUCCCAUGCUGGCCCUCCACAUCGCAACCUCGCCCUCCUGUAGCCUCCACAUCCCACCCUCGCCCUCCACAUCCCACCCUGGCUCUCCACAUCCCACUGUCACCCUCCACAUCCCACUCUCGCCCUACGCAUCCCAACCUCGGCCUCCACAUCUCAUCCUGGCCCUCCACAUCCCAACCUUGCCCACCACAUCCUAG